AUGGUACUAGACGAUACCUUGGAUAAUUUAAAUAUGAACAAAAAAAGCAUAGAUUUUCCGCCAGACAACGAUGAGAGGCCUUUCAAGUGUGAAGUUUGUAACCGGGGCUUCCACCGUUUAGAACACAAGAAAAGACAUAUACGGACGCAUACUGGUGAAAAACCGCACCAGUGCACGUUUCCCGGCUGCGGAAAGAGUUUCAGUCGAAGCGACGAGUUGAAAAGACACCUGCGCACACACAGCGGGAGCUCGCAGCGGAAGAGCAAAAAGGUCAGAGAGAAGGCUGUGCGAAAACCUCGAGGUAAGCAGCAAGCAGAUGAUGAGAAAGAGAUCCCAAAGGUCACGUUGACGCCGGUAAUAGCGCCUGCGACGCUGCCGCAGCCGCAGGUUCCCGCGUUGUCUCAGACGGCGUUGCCGACAGGUUACCAGCCUUCGCCUGUUCCCUAUUCAUCCUCCUUGACGCCGUUGGCCAAUCAGUUGCCGCAACGUACACAGUCCCCAUCAUACAAUUACUCCAACAGCUCACUUACACUAAGUGAGGCAUCUGGCUCUUCGAUCUUUUCGAGGUCCGGGAGCUUCACCGCCAAUAACUCUAUUCCGGGAACUCCUGCGAGCCUGAAAGACAUGUACCACCACAAGAGCUCGUCAAUAUCGGUAACCCAACAGCAAAAGAAGUUUGCCAAAUCUCUGGUGACUGCAUUGAGCUCUCUACAGGGAAUGACGCCGCUUCAAUCAACUAGGGUCAUAAAAUCUGACUCGAUCUCAAUACCUACAUCUCCCGUUACUUCAAGGCCCGUUUCGGCCGCUAGCAGUGUCGUCUCCUUGGCAAGUAUGUUAAACAACGAGUUGGGUAGCUCUACAAAUCUCAAAGGGCACGGCAGUACACAGUUUCUGGACUCAACAAUGUCUCCGAAAGGCUCGGUGAGGAAGAACGGUAAAGCAAAGUUUCACUUAAGCGCGGACGAAGAUGACAGUGCAGAUGAGGAAAGUGACUCGGCACGUGGAUUUGAAAAUAAUCGGAUUCAAUUGCCUCCCAUUAGUAACGUUUUGAAAGAAAUAGAUAUUUUCAAAACGAAAGUUAACGAUUAA